CACCCUGCUCCAGCAGCCUCCUGCUGUACCCCUGGGAAAACACCCCCAGGCUGGCCUUUGGGAUUUUAUUACGAAGCCUCUGGGAGCAGCAAAGUUUAUGCCCUUUUCCCUGCUAAGGGUCCCUGCGGGAGCCAUUGCUCCAGGGCCUGGCAGGAUCUGCACUGGGGGCUGGAUGAGCAGAGCCUGUAGCCCAGUAUGCGCCUCCUCUCCAAGGGUCUAGAAUCUGGGGUGCCAGUGAGGCUGGUGUAGGACUUUGGGGAUAGUCUGGGGCACUGAGGCCAGAGAGCUGAGGGCUUCUGUGGAGUCCACCCCUGUGGGACAGAGGUGGAGUCCUCUGCAGCACUCUGCCGUCGGGUCAGAAGGUUAGGCCCCACGUGUGAGGAGGCCUGGCAGCCCUGGGCAGGGCCUCCUUAGGCUCUUGCCCAACUGCCCCUGCCCUGAGCCACACCCGUGGGGUGCACUUCACAUUUAGAAGUCACCCGUUGGAGUUCUAGGGCCGGGUUUGUUGGGGGUGUGCCUCACUACCCCAUCAUCUACAUCUGGCCCAACAGUGACACUGGGGCCUCUGCUAUCCCUAGAGGUGACACCUAGACCGGCUGGGUGGGUGCCCCUGGGGAGCCUCCUGCCCCACCUCUGUCCUGGGGAGCUCUGGCUGCGGAUGUGGUCUGGGGUGGGGUCUCCUGCCUGGCCACCUUCACCUUCCUUGAGUGCUGGAGUUAGGCUGGGUCAGGAGCUUUGCUGUCUGCCAGAACCCAGACGGCUGGGACCAAUGUGCCCACCUCACUUUGUGGGCUGCCACAGCCACUGGCCAUCCUUAGCCUCAGCUCGUACUAACUGAGGGGGCAGCCCCUGGAGGACCCCUACCUAUUGCCGCCGAGCCAGUAGGGCCUGCAGGCUUUGCUGGACCAGCUGACCCGAAUGCGGCCUGGCAGGGGUUAGGAACCUGGGAGCCCCCUCUGGGGACUGCUGCUGUCCCACCCAUCUGGGGGAAGAGAACCCUGGUGGCCAGGGACUGGGGAGCAGGACACCCUGCAGUGUGCAUUCACCAGGGCUCCGGCCCAUGCUGAGCUUCUGGGGACAGGUCUGAGGUUCUUUGCUCUUGGGGAGCGGAGGGGUCCAGCUGGGCCGCUUGUGUCCGGCUGACAUCUGUCCUUGCUGGAUGGGCCUGAGUGCAGCUGCGCUCUCGGGGGCCUGUAUUGGGUGCUGCAGCCCGGCAGGGGCAGGCGGGUCGCUGAGGCGGCUGGAGCUGUGUGCCCAACUGAAGCUCUGGGGGAGCCUGGGCCACCGUCCUGGGAAGGAAGUCCUGGAGGCGGGGCGGGGCGGCCCCUCCUGGUCAUCCCCUCCGCCCCGCCCCGCUCGGCUCAAAUGAGGGGCGCGGGUGGGCCCUGUGAGCCCUCCCCUCAGGGCUCCCAAGGCUCAUUUGGCCACGCCUGGGGAGCGCUCUGCAGUGAAAGCCCGCACGGGAGCGCUCCUCCGCGCUGGUGCCGGGCCCGCAGACAUGCAAGCCAGCGCGGGGGCUCUGAGGCCGCCGCCCCCAUGAGAGCUCCCGGGCGCUGAGCCGCACGAGCCAUGCAGCCCUGGGCCCCGGCGGUGGCUGUGGUCCUCCUGUGGCCCCAGCUCGCGCUGCUCGGGGUUGGGGCGCGGCGGGAGCCCAAGAGGCCGCGCCCGCCCGGCCAGCGCGCAGAGUCCCCCAACACCACGGCGUCAGACAGCGAGGGGCUGCCAGGCUCCGCCAAGCCGCCGGAGGCCUCGGGCCCUGAGCUCUCAGAUGCCCACAUGACAUGGCUGAACUUUGUCCGUCGGCCAGAUGACAGCGCUUCCAAGCGCCGGUGCCGGUGCCGGGACAAGAAGUUGCGAGGCCUCUUGGGGCCCCCAGGACCGCCUGGGCCCCCUGGGCCCCCCGGCCCCCCUGGUGUGGAAGUCACCCCAGAGGCCCUGCUGCAGGAGUUUCAGGAGAUGCUGAGAGAGGCCACAGAGCGAAGGUUCUCGGCACUGCUGGACGCAUGGCUGCCGCAGGUGAGUGGCCGGCGACUGGUGGUCGAGGCCUUCCACUGCCGGCUGAAUGCCCCCGUGCUGGUGGACCAGAGGACCCUGAUGGAGAUACGGGGCUUCCAGGCUCCCGCCGCCCAGGGCGCCUUCCUGAGGGGGUCCGGACUGAGCCUGGCCUCUGGCCGAUUCACAGCCCCCACCUCUGCCAUCUUCCAGUUCUCUGCCAGCCUUCAUGUGGACCGCAGUGCACUGCAGGGCAGGGCCCAGCUGAGAGCCCGGGACACUGUGCGUGUCCUCAUCUGCAUCGAGUCCUUGUGCCAGCGCUACACGUCCCUGGAGGCCGUCUCAGGCCUGGAGAGCAAUAGCAGGGUCUUCACAGCACAGGUGCAAGGGUUGCUGCAGCUGCAGGCUGGACAGUACGCCUCUGUGUUUGUGGACAAUGGCUCUGGGGCGGCCCUCACCAUCCAGGGGGGCUCCACCUUCUCUGGGUUGCUCCUGGGUACAUGAGGGCACUGGAGAGGAACCACCGGCUGCCUCAGGGAGGAGGCAAAGAGGAUCCCCGUGUUGACACCUGUGAUUGCAACAAUAAAGAGCCCCAACCCUCCCUGUU